AUGGCGGCGGAGCCGCGGAGGGUGUCGUUCCGCGACGGCCGCCUCGCGUCGCGGAAGGCGGAGGAGGCUGCCUUAAGACGGCACCAGGCUGCAGCCUGGCUUGAAAGCUUGAUAGGGCCCUUCGGCCUCUCCCGGUGCCCAUCGGAGCAAGAAUUUGUCGCUGCUGUAAGGAAUGGCAUUGUUCUAUGCAAGGCAAUCAACAAAAUACAACCAGGCUCUGUGCCCAAGGUCGUGGCUAAUGCCUCUUUUGAUAGCCAGCCAUCGACGGCUUUCCAGUAUUUUGAGAACAUCAGGAACUUCUUGGUUGCUGUUCAAGAGCUGAAGCUUCCAAGCUUUGAGGCCUCUGAUUUGGAAAAGGAAAAUAUUGAUGCUGGGUCUGUGGGCAAGGUUGUCGAUUGUGUCAUUUCCUUGAAGUCUUACCAUGAGUGGAAGCAAAGGGGAGGAAGUAAUGGGCCCCUCAAGCACCUGAAAUCACCUCUUGCAGCACGUUCUGCCAGUCAUGCUCAGUCUGAAUAUGUUUGUUCCGGAACCUCUUCCACCCAAAAACGUCUAGAUUUGACAGAAACUAACACCGAGAGACAAUCAGAUCAAAAUGUGGGUCGUAACAUCGAAGAGGCAAUGGAAAGACUUCAGAAGGUUAUUUUGGAUUGCAUAAUAAGUUGUAAGGAAAAUUUGGAUAAUCACUCUCUGAAAAAGGAUCCAUUAAAGCUAGUUGGAACUAUUUUAUCACGUCAGCUGGAAAAGGAACAGUUUGAACCACUUCUUCAACUCUUCUCUCCAGAAGGUGCUACAAUUAAAAUUGGAUCAAGUCUGCCCAUUGAGAUUUCAAGUUCACAUGUCGAAAAUAGACGGCGUCUCUUGCAAACACAGGAAUCUGAACUUUUGAAUCUGAAGACAAUGUUUCAAGAGGUUAAAGUUGACUUUAAGUCUUUGAAGACCCAGUUUCAAGAUGAUAUAAUUAAAUUAGGUGAUAAUAUACAAGGGCUUUCCAAAGCAGCUCUUGGUUAUAACCAAGCGGUGAAAGAAAACAGAAACUUGUAUAACAUGCUUCAAGAGCUGAGAGGAAAUAUCCGUGUAUUCUGUCGGAUUAGACCACUUAUUAACUUAGAGUCUAUUUCUUCAAUCGAACAUAUUGGAAAUGAUGGCUCAAUAAUGGUCUUUGAUCCACUGAAAUCGCAAACUACACGCAAGAUAUUCCAGUUCAGCAAAAUUUUUGGGCCAACAACCACUCAAGAUGAGGUUUAUAAGGAGACACAAUCUUUGAUAAGAUCUGUAAUGGAUGGCUAUAAUGUAUGCAUAUUUGCUUAUGGGCAGACAGGGUCCGGCAAAACUCAUACAAUGUGUGGUCCAUCUGGUGGGUUGUCAUCCCAAGAUUUGGGAAUCAGUUACAUGGCACUGAACGAUCUCUUCAAUAUAUCAACAUCUAGGGAAGAUGUAAAGUAUGAUAUACAUGUGCAGAUGGUUGAAAUAUACAACGAGCAAGUUCGUGAUCUUCUAAGUGAAGGCACUUCAAUCACAAAGCUAGAUAUAAGGACUUCUUCUAGCAAUGGUCUGUUGAACCUUCCAGAUGCAAAGAUUUGCCCAGUGCAGUCUCCCUCAGAUGUUAUCAAUUUGAUGCUGUUGGGUGAAACGAACAGGGCUUCCAGUCCAACAGCAAUGAACCAUAGAAGCAGUCGUUCCCAUAGUAUCUUGAUUGUGCAUGUUAAUGGGAAGGACAUGUCUGGAAAUGCAACCCAGAGCAGUUUGCAUUUAGUAGAUCUUGCAGGAAGCGAAAGAGUUGAUAGGUCAGAAGCCACAGGAGACAGAUUGAAGGAGGCUCAGCACAUUAACAAGUCACUUUCCUGCCUAGGAGAUGUCAUCACUGCCUUAGCUCAGAAGAAUUCUCACAUUCCUUACAGAAAUAGCAAACUCACCCAAUUGCUACAAAGUUCAUUAGGGGGAAAUGCGAAGACUUUAAUGUUUGCCCACAUAAGUCCAGAGGCAGAUUCAUACUUAGAAACUCUUAGCACACUGAAAUUUGCUCAAAGGGCUUCUAGCGUUGAACUUGGAACUGCCCAUGCAAACAAAGAAAGUAAUGAAAUAAGAGAGCUUAAAGAGCAGGUAGACAGUCUUAAAAGGACACUUGCAACCAAAGAACUGGAAAAAUCAUCACUUAAAUUGAAGGAAAAUACAGUGGUGAGGGAGAGAGCUAAACAAGUACCAGAGCGCACCCCUCCAAGGCCACGUAGGUUAAGCCUAGAGAACACUGGUAUUGGCAAAGGUAGCAUACCUGACAGAAGGGGACCAAAGUCCCCUCUUUCACUGAUUAAGUUGAACAGAGAUCAUGCGACAAUUUGUGAUAAGGAAUGCAGCAUUGAUGGCUUCAAUCACAACAUCAUGCACCAAGGAUCAAUAAUGCAGAUGUCUGCGACAUUAUCUGAAGACCCUGUUAGAGAAGAGAACGAGAAGAUAAUUACAGUUGACACAGUUCCCUUUUGUGGAUUACCCCCUGAUGCUAAUACUACGUCCAAACAAGGAUUGCAUACUCUCCUGAGAACACCUUGUAGAUCAAGGAACUUGAACUUGGAAGUUGGUCGGACCAAUGAACCUUCUUCUUCUGCCAAAUUGGAGAAAAUGAACUUGAGUAAUGCAACGAAGAGAGGAUCACAUUUAAGAAAAUCCAUUCAAAGCAGCAUAGGGAAAUUGAUCCAUGGCUCUGAAAGAAGGAAUGUUCAACAUUCAGGACAAGUAACUCCUGAUAAAAUUGCUAGUAACGCAAACUAUGAUGGCCCAUCUGCAAUUACAGCGGAUUUAAGGUUAAGGAGAAGGCAAUCACUAACAGGCCUCCCACCAACACCAUCGAGCAUGUCACGUAGAUCAUCUCUAGGAGGGAAGUCAGACAUAGGUGCUAAAAAUAGCCCAAUCAGUGCAUGUGCUGCCAGCGAGUACAAGCCACUGCCAUUCUCCUGGGUCCGAUGGCCUGAACAAUAUCAAUGUUCCAAUGACAAAAGAGGCGCCAAAACACCACCCCCGGUGAAUCCAGCAGUGAAGGCGAAGAGAUGGUUGUGAGUCUGAAGAGAAACCAGAAAGUUACACUUCAGGGUUCAAGCAGAGGAACAAGCCUUUGACAAGGCUGAAACAUUCUUCCUAGCCACUGGUGACUGUAGCUCCCCUGUAUGAUCAGAGUAGGGUACAUCUAGAUCGGUUACAUUCUUUGUAACAACCGGCACUUUUUAAGAGGUUCUAAAAAUUGGACCUUGUAAGAUGGAAGAGGAAACAGCGGUUGCCUACUUGUCUUGCAUUGUGAGGCGUUGCAUACUUCUUAACACAAAGCAAUAGAUAAAAGUGAUUCGGCCCUGAAUGGGUUUUAAUUGCGAGCAGCACUGUCUCAAAUUGUCAUAAAUACUUCUGAAUUUUGCAAUGCCUGU